AUGAAAUCUAAGUCUGAAUCUUCAUAUAGGAGGCCUUUCCGGUCCGGGCCAUACGGUUCUGCACAAAAUCGUCCAGUCCCAACAAUCGUGCAAAAAUUCGACGCGGAAUCGGGCCAGGUGUACUCUGAAGUAGAAGUACGUCCGAACCGAAACAAGUACUCAGACUGGAUUGGUGAGCCCAAGACGCCUGGUUUGGUCAAGAAGCCACGCCCGAAUCCGAAUGGUGCCCGUUCUUUGGCGGCUAUGGCGAGGACCAAAGUUGCUACAGAAUUCAGAAACCUAACUCCGGAGCACUUUGCAACGGUGCCCUGGCCUAUAGCACAGAAGGUCUGGGACCAACUGCUAUCAAUGCGAGCAGAGAGUUUCCACGCUUGGAAGACUCUGGCGACGGCGUACACAAGUCCAGAAGAGUUCGCAAGGCGUGAAUACCGGUAUCUCUUGGAAAUAAAGCAAGUGGGAGUGCCAAUUACGGAAUAUUUCAAUGGCAUUACGUCCGAGGAAUUAAAGUGGCUUACUUGCCUCCGAGUCUCCCCAAAGCAGAUGGCUACGAGCAGCCUGGUCUCGAUACACACCAUCACCAAUCUCGCUGUGCUUGAUCUUUCGGACGGGCAGGUGACGAUUGACAACGAGGCCUCCAAAUUUGACGAACGUGUUUUGCGUUCUUGGGCAGAGCUUGCACGCUCGGGACAGGCCUUUCAGCACCUGCGGGUGGUACUGUAUGGUUGGCAGGAACAUCUGGCGGACUGGAUCUUCAAAUAUGCAGACUGCUUCCCAUCUUUAUGUCACAUUAUCAUCACAGAUUGUCCGAGAAUGCACCAAAAAAACCGAGGACUGUGGGAACCCACCGCACAAGCCGCAGGAUGGGAAGCUAGGCAUGCCAAAAAGAGUGCGAAAAGUCUCCGGCCGAUCAUUGGAGACAAGGACUUUGCUUUUGGCUCAGUCUCGGGUUGCUACUAUGACAGUUCGGAGCUGUACAGCCAGAUAGCGCACAAUCGCCGGCCCAGCCUUGCUGACUGCCGACCGGUACUGGAAGCGUGGAUCGGCAAUCCUCGACCUUGGUCGCAUAUUGUUGACGACUUUCCUUCGACAAGAACGAUUUUUCUGGAGAAUAUCAAGACACAGAGCUGGAAGGCCAAAGAUGGAUCUUCUACCAGCAGCAGCAACCGCGAAACAGCGAAGAGGGUGCGAAACCAGGAACAAGGAACUCCUGGAGCGACAUCGCCUCCUCCGAAGCGAGGCUCGCGGGCAAGGCCUGCGAUGAAAUCGAAUGGGAGGAACGUCACGGACAUGCUGAAUGAGUUCACGACAUAG